AUCGUCGCGUUUUGGCAGACAACUACGUAAACAUACCAGCUACAGGGGUCACCUGUAAGGCAAAAACCGUACUCUGCACCCUGAUUUUCUUCAGGAGAGGUUUAAACAGAUCUGUAACAACAAGCUGCUGAACCCAGCUCAUGACCUUUCACAUUUGACGACAUUUGUUCGCAGGACUGAUGGACGGAAGACAUGACCCUUCUUGUAGCAGAGCAGGCCGCGCGAGCUUAGGAGAACCGCUGAGUUUCGUAGGUGCUUGUAGACGCGGAAGAGGAGCGUCGCGACCUGCUGCAAGGUAGAAUGGCAGCAGUGGGGUUGAUCACUGCCAAUCUGCAGCUUUAGGGGUGCAGCACUGCCCAGGCCGGCACCAUGCAGAUGAAAGGUGCAAUCCAGAUUAUUGAAUGGGAGGACCUAGACAAGAGGAAGUUCUACUCCCUGGGUGUAUUCAUGACCUUGACCACCAGGGCCACCGUCUACCCAGCCAGCCUCAUCCGCACCCGCCUGCAAGUGCAGAAGGGGAAGAGCCUCUACUCCGGCACCUUCGAUGCCUUCUGCAAGAUCCUGCGAGCUGAGGGAGUGCAGGGCCUUUAUCGUGGCUUCAUGGUCAAUACAUUCACCCUGAUCGCAGGACAGGCUUAUAUCACCACCUACGAACUGGUGCGCAAGUACGUGAACCAGUACUCGCCCAGCAACACGGUGAAGUCAGUGGUGGCAGGAGGAGCUGCGUCCCUGGUGGCUCAGACCAUCACUGUGCCCAUAGACAUAGUGUCUCAGCAUAUAAUGAUGCAAGGACAAGGGGAGCACCUGACACGCUUCAGGGCCAAACCCAAAAUGGUGCUUGCAGCAACAAAGCACAAACUGAGUUUCGGACAAACCCGUGACAUUACGGUGCAGAUAUUUGCAGCCGAUGGCUUCAGAGGGUUUUACAGGGGCUACGUGGCAUCACUCCUCACUUACAUCCCAAACAGUGCACUCUGGUGGCCUUUUUAUCAUUUUUAUGCAGAGCAGUUGUCCUUAUUAGCACCAAGUGAGUGCCCCCACUUGAUUCUGCAGGCUGUUGCAGGACCAAUGGCAGCAGCAACCGCGUCCACCAUCACUAACCCCAUGGAUGUUGUUCGUGCAAGAGUGCAGGUGGAGGGACGAACAUCUAUUAUUGGGACAUUCAAGCAGCUGCUGGUGGAAGAAGGCAUCUUUGGGCUGACCAAGGGGCUGUCAGCCCGCAUCAUCUCAUCCACGCCCACGUCAGUGCUCAUUGUGGUUGGAUACGAGACGCUAAAGAGACUGAGCCUGCGAGCUGACCUUAUUGGGUCCAGACACUGGUGAUAAAAGAUGGGAGGGAAGCAGGUCGACCUGGGCCUGCUCAGGAUAACUGCUCUGCCAUGAAGUGGCUUCCACGUGGCAUUGAGGGCCGAGUCAUUUAAAAAGUGCACAUGCUGAUGUUUGUCUGUAUGUAUGCUUGGGAGUUACAGGUUUGAUUACCUUGUCUUUUUUCUGUUUGUGAUGUUACAAGUGAAAACAAUAUUUUUGCCAAAACUAAACUCACUUUAAAAAAAAAAAAAAAAAAUCCA